GCCUCCGCACGCCAGCCCCUCUCCCCUCUCCCAGUCGGGCGCACCCACCCCAGAUGCCGACUGGCACCGAUCGCAGCCACCGCCGCUGUCGCCGCCGCACUUUCCACUUGUAUUGAUCACCUCCCAGCCUCGCUCAGCCUGCUCGCCGGAGCGGAGCUGCUGGCGCGCCAGCCCUUGGCAGCCCGGGAGCAGAAGGGCUCCAAGGAGGCAACUCCUCGGGAGCGCUCUGUCCGGGGUGCCCUCUGCGCUCUGCAGUGUCUUUUUCUCUACCUGGGAGGAGGAGGAGGAGGAGGAGGAGGAGGAGGACGUCUUGACCGGACUGGGAGGUGGAGCAGCGGCAGCCACCGCCGCCGGAAAGGGAGAGGCAGGAGAGAUCGAGACUUGGAAACCCGAAAGUGCCCGCGACCCUGCCCGGCAGGCUCCCUUCCAGCUUCAUGGGCAAAGUGUGGAAACAGCAGAUGUACCCUCAAUACGCCACCUACUACUACCCCCAGUAUCUUCAAGCGAAGCAGUCCCUGGUCCCAGCCCACCCCAUGGCCCCGCCCAGCCCCAGCACCACCAGCAGUAAUAACAACAGUAGUAGCAGUAGCAACUCAGGAUGGGAUCAGCUGAGCAAAACGAACCUCUAUAUUCGAGGGCUGCCUCCCAACACCACCGACCAGGACCUGGUGAAGCUGUGCCAGCCAUAUGGCAAAAUAGUCUCCACGAAGGCAAUUUUGGACAAGACAACAAACAAAUGCAAAGGUUAUGGUUUUGUCGACUUUGACAGUCCUGCAGCUGCUCAGAAAGCUGUGUCUGCCCUGAAGGCGAGUGGGGUUCAAGCUCAAAUGGCAAAGCAACAAGAACAAGAUCCUACCAACCUGUAUAUUUCUAAUUUGCCACUGUCCAUGGAUGAGCAAGAACUUGAAAAUAUGUUGAAACCAUUUGGACAGGUUAUUUCUACAAGGAUACUACGUGAUUCCAGUGGAACAAGUCGUGGUGUUGGCUUUGCUAGAAUGGAAUCAACAGAAAAGUGUGAAGCCGUUAUUGGUCAUUUUAAUGGGAAAUUCAUUAAGACACCACCUGGAGUUUCUGCUCCUACAGAACCUUUGUUGUGUAAGUUUGCGGAUGGAGGACAGAAGAAGAGACAGAAUCCAAACAAAUACAUCCCCAAUGGAAGACCGUGGCAUAGAGAAGGAGAGGUGAGACUUGCUGGAAUGACACUUACUUAUGACCCAACCACAGCUGCUAUACAGAACGGAUUUUACCCUUCACCGUACAGUAUUGCUGCAAACCGAAUGAUCACUCAAACUUCUAUUACACCCUACAUUGCAUCUCCUGUAUCUGCCUACCAGGUGGCAAAGGAACCCAGAGAAAACAAGUAUCGGGGCUCUGCUAUCAAGGUGCAAAGUCCUUCUUGGAUGCAACCUCAACCAUACAUCCUACAGCACCCUGGUGCCGUGUUAACUCCCUCGAUGGAGCACACCAUGUCACUACAGCCUGCAUCUAUGAUCAACCCUCUGGCCCAGCAGAUGAGUCAUCUGUCACUAGGUGGCACCGGAACAUACAUGCCUGCAACAUCAGCUAUGCAAGGAGCCUACCUGCCGCAGUACACACACGUGCAGACAACAGCGGUUCCUGUGGAGGAGGCGAGUGGUCAGCAGCAGGUGGCUGUAGAGACGUCUAGUGACCAUUCUCCAUAUACCUUUCAACCCAAUAAGUAACUGUGAGAUAUACAGAAGGGUGUUCUUACAUGAAGAAGGGUGUGAAGGCUGAACAAUCAUGGAUUUUUCUGAUCAAUUGUGCUUUAGGAAAUUAUUGACAGUUUUGCACAUGUUCUUGAAGACGUUAUUUAUAACGAAAUCAACUAAAACUAUUUUUGCUAUAAGUUCUAUAAGGUGCAUAAAACCCUUAAAUUCAUCUAGUAGCUGUUCCCCUGAACAGGUUUAUUUUAGUAAAAA